AUGAAUCCCGCCGACCUCACCCUCAAUAUCUCCCCUUCCCUUUCGAACCGCCCUUUGGCGGCGCCGGCAGUUGCGAAAAAUGGCAAGGCGCCGGUGCCGCGCGUGGACUUGGAGCCGAUUUAUACGCAGUUGAAGAGUGCGUUGGGGGAGGGGUGGGGGGAGUAUAAGGCUGCUGUUGGGGCUUUUGUGCUAGGCAGCCUAAACCAAGCGGAGCUGAGCUGGGUACUCCAACCUCUCCUCCCCCUCGCCCCCGCGCCGACCACAUCGACGAGCACGACGACAUCGCCUCCCUCGAUCCUCCAACUCCACAACACCCUCCUCGCCUCCAUCUACGCCAACACCCUCCGCGACCCUCCCCCCACCGAAGUAGCACCAUGGGUCGUCGCAACCGACAAACCCACCAGCGCCUCCAAAACGUCCGGUGCCGGCGGCGUCAACGACAAAGCCGAGGAGCGCCUGAAGAAAGAAGUCAUGGCCAUCCACCCGCGCGACCGGCGGCGCAUCAAGACGCUCAAGGACAACAGCAAAGUUACCAACGAUGGACUGGCGGAUAUGCAAGAUUAUCGCCACGAACUUGCGGUCAAGCCGCCGGAUGUUACGCCGGCGAGCGCGGGGGGGUUGCAGCGGACGAAUUGGGAUAUUGAGAUUAGACGGCGGUAUGCGCAGACGCUUGCCGAGGAGACGUUGGAGUUUCCUACGCAGGGGGAUGUGCAGAAUCGGAUUGAGCCGAUUUGUUAUGAGGAGGGGUUGGUCGGGGGUGUAGCGCAGGGGUCGCUACAACAGUGUGCGGAGAUCGUGGAGCAGGCUACAGAAGUCUUUCUAAAGGAAAUGCUGUCCGGUUUCUACGCGCACUCGCGCUCGAACGGGGAAGGUUGCAUCCAAACCGGCAAAUUCAAACGCCAACUACGGAAGGAAGAAGAGGACGCCGAACGCGGCGCGCUGCAGCGCAACCCAGCUGGUUUCCUGCCAGCGGAGCUGGAGAUGCAGACGCGGCGCCAGCCGCUGGAGAUGGAGGAUCUGAGGUUGUCGGUGCAGCUGAGCGAUACGUAUAUGAAGCGAGAGCCUUUCCUGUCGCAGCGGGUGGUAGGGAAUCGGUUUGAGAGGGCGCAGCAGGCUGGGGGAAGGGUUAAUGGGGUCGGUGCGAGGGGUAUGGUUAAUGGGACGGGGAAGAAGGACGAUGAGGAUGCGAUGGUUGUUGAUGAUGAUAUGAGCUGGCGGGGGGCCACGAGGGCUGAGGGUCUGGAAUUACGAAAUGUUCUGGAUGGAUGCUUGAGUGUUGGUUAG